AUGCUUAUCCUACAGAGAUGGGAACCAAUCAUAUCACCGACGUUUCCAGCCUAUAUACCCUUCUGGAUAGAGCUACAAGGGAUACCGCUACACUAUUGGCAAAAAGAUCUAUACAGUAUAGGCGAAGAACUAGGAGGAAUGAUGAAGUACGAAAUUACCUCCACAACAGCAAGAAUCAAAGUUCUCAUCAACGGAUUCCAGCCACUGGUGAAAGAGACUAUCAUUGAAUAUUUGGAUGGAGCGGAAUCCAUUGUCUCUCUGGAAUAUGAAUGCCUCGAAAUCCACUGUAGGUUUUGCUACAGGCUGACUCACGACACCUACAAAUGCCAAGAAUCAAGAGGAGAGGGUUAA